AUGGCACUAUCCACACCUCCCCAGCUCAAAGUCCUCAUCAACGGCGCCGGUAUCGCAGGCUCAUGUCUAGCAUACUGGCUCACAAGAACACGACUCAAUGCUUCCAUCACAGUGCUAGAGCGCUCACCCACACCCCGAGUAACAGGCCAAUCAAUCGAGAUACGCGGGUCAGCCAUUUCUAUAGUCGACAAGAUGAACUUACUACAGGAAGUACUCGCACGCAACACAACCGAACAAGGCACCCGCCUCGUCAACUCCUCCAAUAAAAUCAUCGCCGAAUUUGGCAAAGGCGAAGCAUUCACCUCCGAGUACGAAAUCCUACGCGCAGAUCUCUGCGGUAUCUUCCUCGACGCAACACGCAAUGCGCCAAACGUACAGUACCAAUAUGGCGACCACGUGACCAGCAUCUCGCAAACCCCCGACAAAGUAAAUGUGCAAUUCCACAGCGGCGCCACCGACUCUUUCGACCUCAUCGUCGGCGCCGACGGCUCCACCUCGCGGACUCGCUCCAUGGUGCUGAGCGACGAGGCGCAGAAGAACUGCUACAACUUCAUCGGCCAGUACAUUGCAUACUUCAGUAUCCCGCGCAUACCAUCCGAUACAAACCACUGGUACUGGUACAACGCACCCAAAGGCCUCGUCCUCAUGCUGCGUCCGCACCGCAACGACAAGACAGUGGGAUGCUACAUGGGCGUCACAACCCGCGCCCACGGCCACCGCGACCCCGCCGCCGAAAAGGCAAUGGAAGGGGGCCCGGCGGCCCAAAAAGAGUUUCUGAACCACUACUUCAAGGAUGCGGGGUGGCAGGCCCAAAGGAUACUGCAGGGAAUGCAGCGCAGCGACGAUUUCUACAUGAGUCGUUCGGCGUACGUCAAGUUGCCUACGUGGACGAACCACCGUGCUGUGCUGAUCGGCGAUGCGGCGCACGCGACGUUUGGGAGUGGCACGACGCUGGCGGUGCAGGGCGCGUAUUAUCUGGCUGGAGAGCUGGGUAAAGUGCGGAAGAGCGAGGAUGUGCCCGAGGCGUUGAAGAGGUAUGAAAAGGUGUUUCGACCGGUGCAGGCGGUCGAUGGCACGUUGCCGCCGGGAUUCCCGCAGAUGGCGUUUCCGCUGACGAAGUGGGGGAUGAUGCUGAGGGAUGCUAUUGUGUGGGCGGUGGCGAAGAGCAAGGUGUAUAAGUUGUUGCCGGCUGAUAAGCCGGAUGAGUCACAGUUGCCGGUGUAUGAGUGGAGGAGUGUUUGA